CACCACCACUGCAUCGACGUUCGUGCAUUAUAUUCAACCAGCAUUUGUCAUGGACCUCAUGGUGUGGCGCGUACGUAUGCUGGCGCAUUUGUCGUGGUCAUGGUCGCCACGGCGUGGCGCGGCGUAGUCAGUCAGCGCCGCCGGUUGGCGUUGCGUUGCGUCCGUGCGUCCGUGGCAUGCGUGUAGCAGCACGCCAGAACACCCGUCAACAAUGUUGUGGCUUCGCUUUUACUUUACACAUGCAUGGCAACGCACAACCUUGUUGCAUUGUCAUUUCUGCGUUGUUAAGCAACUCAAACCACCAUUUAAAAUGCACCUCUAGAUAACAUGUUGCGCUACUAGAGGUCUCAGGUCUCUAGAGUCUAGACCACGAAAAAGAAUUGGUGAUAGCAUAGCAUGUUUAAGUGUUUCCAAGCAUCCAUCCAUCAGCAUCAUCGUCGAGCAGUGGAGGACCCCAAACCCGUGAUGGAGCCGUCGCCGAGCUUCGACUUCCGGGAGGAGUACACCAGCGCGUUCCGCACCGAGUCCUACAACGACUUCUGGGCGCGCGUCCUGGACAUCACCCUCGCGCACGGCGCAGGGCUGGUGCCGCGCCCGGGCGGCGACGGCGGCGUCACGGCGUCGUCCAAGCGCCUCCCUUCAUACCGCCUCUUCGCCGAGCAACUCCUCGAGCCGGACCAGCGGGCCGUCCGCGCGGCCCUCGCCUCGCCCCGCAGCGGCCAGCUCCACCCCGGCGUGCGCGACCUCCUCGUCACCUACUACAACGAGACGGCAAGCGCGUCCUUCCUGUGCAGCCACCUCCUCAGGGACAUCGAGCAGAUCCGCCUCCGGUACCGCCCGCUCAAGACCACGCUCCGCAAGCUCGCCUGCGACGUCGAGGCGCCCAACCUCUCCGACGUCUCCGCCGCCCUCGGCCAGCCCUUCGCCGCGCUGGCCGUGUCGCAGGGCAAGCUCCGGCAGGUGCAGCUCAGCUCCGCCGACCUGCUUAGGAGCCUUGACGCCAGCAGGAAGAAGGCGCGGCUCCGGAUCAGUAGCCUCGCCCGGCUCAGGCAGCUGCUCUCGGCCUCCUUCGUCACCGUCGUCGCCGCCGUUGCCGUCGUGGGCGCGUUCAUCGGCGUGCAUAUCCUGGCCGCGUUCGCGGCGUUCCCGAUGAUGUCGCCGGCUUGGCUGGGUCUCUUCUCUGGCCGAUCGGUUCGGCGAGCACUGGUGCAGCUGGAGGCCGCGACCAAGGGCACGUACAUACUGAACCGGGACAUGGACACCAUAAGCCGCCUCGUGGCACGGCUGCGCGACGAGGGGGAGCACAUGCUCGCGCUGCUGCAGCUGUGCGUGGAGCACCUCGCCAUGGCUGGCGAGAAGGGCAGGCUCGUGAAGGAGGUGCUGAAGCAGCUGUGCAAGAACGAGGAGAGCUUUAGGCAGCAGCUGGAUGACCUGGAGGAGCACCUCUUCUUGUGCUUCAUGACCAUCAACAAGGCCAGGAGCAUGGUGAUGAACUUCAUAGCUGGCGCAGAGCAGAACUCCAGUUGACCACAAGAAAAAAAAGUGUUCGUAGGACAGAUUGUAACUUCUGUACAUACUACGUAGUUUUUAUUUCUCAGUACAGGAAAAAAAAGAGAGACUAAGAUUUCCUAACACUGGUCAUUAUGCUUUUAUUUUACCUUUUCUAGACAGUGGCUGAUCCAAAAAUUGACUAAUACCCGAGCCGAAAUGAA